CCACUCCUCACUCGUGCGACACGGAUGAGCCCGUGAUCCGAACCCGUGGCGAUCAGCCUCGACUCUGUGGCUUGCUAAGCCGUCUCUCCUCCUCUUCCCCUCUCUCAUUUCCUCGCCCUUCCGCCCGCCUCUCCCUCCGCUCCUCUUAUCACCUCGCCCCGCCGCUUCCUCCCCUCCGCCUCCGCCAUGGUGAAGGAAGAACCCCGCGCGUCCGACGCGGGCGCGAGCACCGCGCUCCUCGACGGCUUCCGCGAAGAGCCGCGCAAAGCCAAAUCAUCACAAUCAGACGACUCGGACUCGGACGACUCGCACUCUGACAUCGAGGUCUAUCCCCCACAUCACGUGUAUCCGGGAUAUGAGCCGCCGGCGGGCGCGCACGGCGCCGCCCCUGCGGCAUAUCCUCACGGCACGGAGGUGCAUUGGGCCACGAUGGCGCAGAAGCGUGCGCUGUGGUGGCGCUCGGCGUUGAUUACCGGCAUGUUCAUCUUGUCAUGGUACGCUUUCGCAACCCUCCUGUCCAUGUACAACAAGUGGAUGUUCUCCGCCGAAUACUACGGCUUCACAUAUCCGCUGUUCGUGACGGCGUGCCAUAUGGUCGUGCAGUGGUUAUGUGCGGGCAUCAUCCGGUGGACGGUACCGCGCUUCCGGCCCGUCGAACGGCCCACGCGCCGCGAGUACAUCACGCGCAUUCUCCCCACUGCUGCGUCCACGGGCGGCGAUAUUGGGCUGUCAAAUCUCUCACUCAAGACUAUUACUCUGAGCUUGUACACCAUGUGCAAAUCAUCCGCACUCAUCUUCGUCCUCAUGUUCGCAUUCCUCUUCAGGCUCGAGAAGUACUCGUUCAAGCUUGUGUCUGUCAUUGGCCUCAUCUCCGGCGGUGUCUUUCUGAUGGUGUUCAACGUGACCGCCGUCUCCAUCCCAGGCAUCAUCAUGGUGUUCUCGGCCUCGGCGAUCGGCGGUCUGCGUUGGGCGCUCACCGAAUUGAUCAUGCACAAGCGUGGGAUGGGUCUGAGCAACCCGUUUGCAACCAUCUUCUGGCUCGCGCCGCUCAUGGGUCUCAUCCUCUUCAUCGUCUCCGCCAUCGUUGAGAGCUGGAUCAAGAUCUUUACCGGACCGUUCUUUGCCACGCCGAUAAUCGCCCUCAAGAGCAUAGCGAUUAUCGCGUUUCCCGGAGCACUGGCCUUUGCCAUGGUGUCGAGCGAGUACUUCGUCAUCCAGCGUGCAGGUGUUGUGCCAUUAUCGAUCGCGGGCAUCUUCAAGGAAGUAUCGACGAUCGCCUUCUCAGCCUGGGUGUUUGGCGACAAGCUCACCACCCUCAACGUGGUGGGAUGCGCCAUCACGAUCAGCGGUAUCGCACUCUACUCGUACCACAAGUACCAGAAGAGCAUGAAGGUCGAGGUGCCGCUCGACGACGCGGGCCAUGUGAUUGACGAGGUGAUCGACGACGAGCGACGCCCCUUGAACCGCACCGCGCGCGGAAGCCAUGGCUCGGUAUCCUCACGGCCAAGCCUCGGCUCCCACCGCACCCCGCGCACGCCGUCUUCGCGCUCGCGCCGCACGCCCGAAGGCGCCGCCACGCCCGCCGACACGCUGCCGAUGACAGAGUUGAGCAAUAGAAGCUCGGAGGAGGACGAACGCGCCAACCGCCUCCGCGACGACUUUGAGGGAUGGGACACGCCAGGAGGGAGCGACUACGAGAGCGAGGUGGACGAGGACGAGGUGGCGCGGUACCGCACCGAGCGGGUCGGCGUGCGGUCAAGAUGGAAGGACUGGUGGGACAGGCCCAUGUAGCGUACAAUGGCAUUUAGAGUGUUACGGUGG